CCCCUCCGCUUGGAAUUGUGGGAUUGCAAUGGCUGCUCCCUAGUCUGUAAACAUACGCGUUGUGUUUACGAAAGCUGCCAUUUAAGUAAAUACUACUGACGGCCACGGAUCCGUGAUUUCCUAGCUGACUUGCCCGCUCUUAACUGGACCUCAAAUCUUUACCUUCAUGUGAGAAUAUCUUCAUUUUAUACCGAGAGAAAUACGCGGAGGUUUCACGCAGUUUCCCGCCCGGCCUCCUCGGGACCGAGCCGGAUAGCUCGCAGGCUAGCUAACGUUAGCCAACGUAUCCGAGAUAAUGGAUGAUGAUGUGUCCAUGCAUAGACUGGAAGGGACCGACCCAGAUUCUCAGGUUGGGGGGCUGAUAGUAAAGAAGAAGAGUGCCGCUGCAGAGCCCCAUGUUUUUCGGGCACCCACUCCGCGCACUUCCCUGCUGGGCUUGGAUCUGCUGGCAGCCCAGAAAAGGAAGGAGCGGGAGAGUAAGGAGCUGGCAGAUGCUAGUGCCGAUGACAGACAAAACAAGAAGUCAAAGGUGUCCUCCUAUAAGGACUGGGAAGAAGGUAAAAGUGACUCUGGGUCUGAUGAAGAAGACGAUGAAGAUAACAGUACCAGCGCUCAAAAGGAGAGCAGGAAGUAUCGUGUGACUGGCUCCGAGACGCCCUCAAACCCUGGAGGGGUCAGUGAAGAGUUCCGUCGUAGACACAAGCAGAGAGAGAAAGACAGACGUGAGCACGGAGUCUAUGCCUCCUCCAAAGAAGACAAGAAUCGAGAACGAGACAGAGACAGAGAUAGGAGCAGAGAUAAGGGCAGAGACCGAAGAAGUGAAAGAGGUGAAAGAGAUGAGCGAGAGGGCAGCCACAGCCGCAGCAGCAGCAGCAGCCGGUCAGAGCGCGGUGAGAGGAGUGAGCGCUCACAGAGAGAAGGCUGGUCUGAACGCAUCAGCCGAGGGAGUAAGAGAGAUGAACCUCUGACACCACAGACACGACCCAGAGAUUCUUUCACACCCUCUCGCUCCAACUGGGAGGAGGACGACAGUGGUUAUGCCAGCUCACGCCAUUCCCAGUGGGAGUCUCCGUCCCCCGCCCCGUCCAGCAGAGAGUCUGAUCGCUCUGAGCGAAGCCACCGCUCCAGCCGAGAGAGUGAGAGGAGGGACAGGUCAGUAAGAGGCCGUUACCCUGACGACACACCCCUGCCUACCCCGUCAUAUAAGUACAACGAGUGGGCUAAUGACAGAAAGCAUUUGGGUUCUACACCUCGUUUGUCACAAGGAAAAGGUAGGAAAGAAGAUGGUGAGGGAGGAAUUAUGUUUGAUAACGAGGUCGAGAAAGACCAGUGGCAGGAGGACCAGAAGCAAGCAGACAGAGAUUGGUACAUGAUGGAUGAAGGCUAUGAUGAGUUCCACAACCCUUUCACCUCCACAUCUGACGACUACGUAAAGAAGAGGGAGCAGAUCCUUCAGAAGCAGACGCAAAAAAGAAUAUCUGCCCAGAAACGACAGAUCAAUGAGGAUAAUGAGCGGUGGGAGACUAACCGCAUGCUGACCAGUGGUGUGGUGCAGAGGCUGGAGGUGGAUGAAGACUUUGAGGAAGACAAUGCUGCGAAGGUUCACCUGCUGGUUCACAACCUGGUUCCCCCCUUUCUGGAUGGAAGAAUAGUCUUCACCAAGCAGCCAGAGCCUGUCAUCCCUGUGAAAGAUGCUACCUCUGACAUGGCCAUCAUCUCUCGUAAAGGCAGCCAGCUUGUCCGUAAACACCGUGAGCAGAAAGAGCGCAAGAAGGCACAGCACAAACACUGGGAAUUAGCAGGCACCAAGUUGGGGGACAUCAUGGGGAUCCAGAAGAAGGAGGAAGCAGAUGUCUCUGGGGGAAAACCUGUUGGUGAGGACGGAAAAGUGGACUACAAAACCGAGCAAAAAUUUGCAGACCACAUGAAAGAAAAGUCUGAAGCCAGCAGUGAGUUUGCUAAAAAGAAGACUCUUCUGGAGCAGAGACAGUACCUGCCUAUUUUUGCUGUCAGACAACAACUUCUUAACAUCAUCAGGGACAACAGCAUUGUGAUUGUUGUUGGGGAGACGGGCAGUGGGAAGACCACCCAGCUGACACAGUACCUGCACGAGGAUGGCUACACUAGCUAUGGCAUGGUGGGCUGUACUCAGCCCCGAAGAGUGGCAGCCAUGAGUGUGGCCAAGAGAGUCAGUGAGGAGAUUGGCACCAACCUUGGAGAGGAGGUGGGCUACGCUAUCCGUUUUGAGGACUGCACAUCUGAGAAAACAUUAAUAAAGUACAUGACAGAUGGAAUCCUGCUCAGAGAGUCACUGAGGGAGUCAGACCUGGACCACUACAGUGCUGUUAUCAUGGACGAAGCUCACGAACGCUCCCUUAAUACUGAUGUGCUGUUCGGUCUGCUGCGUGAGGUUGUCUCUCGACGCACUGAUCUGAAGCUCAUAGUCACCUCCGCAACUAUGGACUCAGACAAGUUUGCUGCAUUUUUUGGCAACGUACCCAUAUUCCACAUUCCAGGGAGAACAUUUCCUGUUGACAUUUUGUUUAGCAAGACCCCUCAGGAGGACUAUGUGGAGGCAGCGGUGAAGCAGGCUCUGCAGAUCCACCUCAGUGGGUUGAUAGGAGACAUCCUCAUCUUUAUGCCUGGGCAGGAGGAUAUUGAGGUGACGUCUGAUCAGAUAGUGGAGCGGUUGGAGGACUUGGAGAAUGCUCCUCCUCUGGCUGUGCUGCCCAUCUACUCACAGCUGCCAUCUGACCUGCAGGCUAAGAUCUUUCAAAAGGCUCCAGAUGGUGUUAGGAAAUGCAUUGUUGCCACAAACAUCGCUGAGACCUCCCUCACUGUGGACGGUAUCAUGUUUGUCGUUGAUUCAGGAUACUGCAAACUAAAGGUUUUCAAUCCUCGCAUUGGAAUGGACGCUCUGCAGGUUUAUCCCAUCAGCCAGGCUAACGCCAACCAGCGUUCUGGCAGAGCAGGACGUACAGGACCAGGGCAGUGUUACAGACUCUACACUCAGAGCGCCUAUAAGAAUGAAAUGCUGACCACCACCAUACCGGAGAUCCAGAGGACCAACCUAGCUAAUGUAGUCCUGCUUUUGAAGUCCCUGGGUGUGCAGGAUUUGCUCCUCUUCCACUUCAUGGACCCUCCUCCUGAGGACAACAUGCUCAACUCCAUGUAUCAGCUCUGGAUCCUGGGAGCUCUGGACAACACAGGUGGUCUAACACCGACAGGGCGUCUGAUGGUGGAGUUUCCCCUUGACCCCGCCCUGUCUAAGGUGCUGAUUGUGUCCUGCGACAUGGGCUGCAGUGCUGACAUCCUCAUCAUCGUCUCCAUGCUGUCCGUGCCAGCCAUCUUCUACAGACCUAAGGGUCGUGAGGAGGAGAGCGACCAGGUGAGGGAGAAGUUCGCAGUCCCGGAGAGCGACCACCUUACCUACCUUAACGUCUACAUGCAGUGGAAAAACAACAACUACUCCAGCGCGUGGUGCAACGAGCACUUCAUCCACACCAAGGCCAUGAGGAAGGUGCGUGAGGUACGCUCCCAGUUAAAAGACAUCAUGGUGCAGCAGAGGAUGAACCUGAUUUCCUGCGGGUCAGACUGGGACAUCAUCAGAAAGUGCAUCUGUGCUGCUUACUUCCACCAAGCUGCCAAGCUCAAGGGCAUCGGUGAAUACGUCAACGUGAGGACGGGCAUGCCAUGUCACCUCCAUCCCACCAGCUCCCUCUUUGGCAUGGGCUACACUCCCGACUACAUCAUCUACCACGAGCUCGUCAUGACCACCAAGGAGUACAUGCAGUGUGUGACUGCAGUGGACGGAGAGUGGCUGGCAGAACUUGGGCCCAUGUUUUACAGCAUCAAACAUGCAGGAAGAAGCAGACAGGAGAACCGUCGCCGGGCCAAGGAGGAGAUCACCAACAUGGAGGAGGAGAUGUCCCUGGCUCAGCAGCAGUUGCUAUCGCGUCGGGAGGAGCAGGAGAGGAAGAACUGCAACACCGGCAGUGUCAGGGCGGUGAAAAUCUGCACACCAGGAAGAAGAGAGGAGGUCCCCAUGACGCCCAAGCGCACCCCGGCCCGCUUCGGACUGUAGAGCAAACCACCCAGCCUGAUUCCUAUAGACUCAUUUCCAUUUUGGACCUGGACCACACCAGCACAAGCGAACCACCCCAACUUCCAGCUGCCAGUCGUCCCUCCCAGCAUGGCUACAAUCAACUGCAGUUCAUGUACACACCACUAGAGUGAGAACUUGUAUAAGGCACAAGACUCAAGGACGAGUCGGGUCCAUCAACACGCCUCACUCCACCUUUUAUCAGCCGAUUGCUGUUUCCACGAUACAUUUAGGGACGAAAGGACUGUUUUUUUUGUUGUUUUUUUGUAUAUUCAGUUAUUCUGUGUGGUCAUUACUGAAGCAAAGCAUUUUUACAGACGUCUCUAUUAUGAGUUUACCUGCGCUAGAAAUAAUUUUCUACGGUCUGUUGCAUUUUCUCCAUCCGGGGGAAAACUGAAAAUCUGAAUUCAAUGUUACUUGUCUUUGUGUCCUUGUGUGCUACUAGUUCUUGUACAGUCGUGGCUUGAACAGCGUGCGUGACACCAUGAAGUGCUCCUCCAUAGACUGAAGCACUAUUCUAACUGUACUUGUGGCACGAGUGUCUUCAGACUCUAGAGUUGUGUUGUAAAAAAAAAAAAAACCCUAACACACACACACACACAAACACGCGCACGCAGGCUUAGGCAAUUGACCCCUUUCUACUUCCUGUUAACCUUGUUCCCAACAAUGUGAUGUAGCACAGCUUUGCUUCACACGAAACAUCAUCACGCUGGAUUAAACAUAUCAACUGUUUUAUUUUCAUGGUCCUUGUGUUCAAAAUAGCACACAGUCAGUCUCCUUUGUGUUGUUCUUUCUCUAAACAAAUGUGUCUGUUGAUAUGCGCCCUCUCCUGCCCCCUCAGCUGAUGAGAAUAUCACGCAGCUUCAGAUAGGCUGGUCUAUCUGUAACAAAACAGUUUAGUGGAGGCCAUGUUUGGAAGGUGGCAGUGGUUGUGUUUUGUCUUUUUCUACAUGGAUCUGAGACAGCAGGAGGACUGCUAAUGGCUUCUUUUUUUUUGUCUUCUCUCAACAUCUUUUGUAAAUGGAACAAAAAAAAAUAAAUGUUAGCUAUUUUUUUAAUCCAAGGUGAUUUCAUUUGAUAUUGUAGUCACUAAUGUGUCUUUUUGUGCACCGCGUGUGCCAAACUAAUUGUGUCAUUUAGAUGCACUUUUUUUGAAUGAUGGCUCAAUAAGUGAAAGUGAUGCAAAUUAGUUAAGGCUAUAAAUUCUCCACAUGA